GGCCGCUCGGCGCGUGCGACCGACACGUGAUCCCCCUGCUUGCACUUGGCGGGAGAACAAAUGACGAGCAGCGUGUGCGCGCGCAGUUUUAUGCUUCUGCUCCCACGUGAACGCGCGUCGGCGUCUGACUGGAGCCUGAAUGCAGUGAGGAGGCGUGGCCGUCGUAUUCAAAGCAGCUUCCCCGUGAUCUGUGGCGUCACAAGAACGGCCCGUGUUGGUUCCAGCUGACUGCGAGAGAGCGCAUCGGACCUGCAUGAGAGCGGCAUCUUCUGCGUGACGCAGUGACACUCCCUUGGAUUAUCCUUUUCUUUUCAUUCUUGUCAUCUUUAUGUUGACAUAUUUUCACUUGGUGUCUUUUUGGCGCCCCUCGAUUACUUUGGCCGCUCUUGUUUUUGCGCACACUUUGGCGUGUGCAGGGGCGCCUGAUUGGCCGCGCGUUCCCGAGAUCCAGCGCGCACUCGGCGGGGACGGAGGAAGAGAAGGAGGAAGAGGAGGGGGUGGAGGCGAGCCCCCGAGGGGGGUCUCGGCAGCCAUGGGGCAGUUUAGGAGAUAAGCAGGCCUCUUCAUUGUCGUCUGCUGCUGCUGCCACCCACACACGCACCUGCCGCUCGCACGCGCACCUACCGGACGACGCACCAAUUGGAUUCUUUUGGUCUUGAACAGCAGACCCCUCUCUCCGGUGGUCGGAAGUUAUGUCUCGGCCUCUGGCUCAGCUGCUGCUGCCGCCCCCGCCGGAGCUCCCUGCAGGGGCCAGCCCCCAGUUCGGGGCUCCCAACGGUGCGUCGAGCGGCCCCCCAGGCGGCCACCUGACCUCCAUGACCAAUCUCAAGUCGCUCCUGCAGCUUCCGGUCAAGGCUGACCAGCGAGGCGUCAAAGACUGCUGCGAGAUCAAAGAUAAAGACAAACCUCUGGACUCGGAUGAGAACUCGAUGGGAUUGGGCGGCGGUGGGCCCGGCGGCCCGGGCAGCGGUGGCCCGGGCUCAGGAGCUCUGCGGCCCAAUUCCCAGUCAGCAUUCCUGGGCCCACUGCUGUGGGAGCGUACGCUGCCGUGCGACGGCGGCCUGUUCCAGCUGCAGUACAUGGACCUGGAGGAGUUCUUGACUGAAAACGGAAUGGGUAUGCACGGAAACGGAACCAGCUCCGCCAGCGCCCAGAUCCCCUCGCAGAGCUCCCAAUCGGCGGUGCCUAGUCAGAGCUCUCAGUGCCCGCCCAGCUCUCCUUCGCCAUCUUCGUCCUCUUCUUCGGUGUCCUCUACGUCGUCCUCAUCCUCCUUGCUGGGACUGGAGAGCGUCCAAACGCUGCCACCUCAGCAACAAGGCUUGAUGGGAGGACCUGAGUGUCUCCAUGGCGGUCAAGUGGCAACCCAGGACGCCUCACCCCCCUCCGGCGGCCCGCCUGGACCGGCGGGGUCGUCGACGGCCGGUGGCGACGACGUGCAGGUGAACUUUGACCCCGACCCGGCCGACGUGGCUCUGUCCAGUGUGCCGGGCCAGGAGGCCUUCGACCCGCGCCGGCACCGCUUCAGCGACGAGGAGCUCAAACCGCAGCCCAUGAUCAAGAAGGCCCGCAAGAUGCUGGUGCCCAACGAGCAGAAGGACGAGAAGUACUGGUGCCGUCGUGUGAAGAACAACGAGGCGGCCAAGCGCUCACGUGAUGCGCGUCGCUUGAAGGAGAACCAGAUCUCGGUGCGGGCCGCCUUCCUGGAGCGCGAAAACGCCGCCCUGCGCCUGGAGGUGGCCGACAUGCGGAAGGAGCUCGGACGCUGCCGGAACAUCAUCAACAAGUACGAGAGUCGUCACGGCGACCUGUAAGCGCCGCCCGCCCGCCGCCGCUGGGGACGGUGAGCAGACAAGCCAACAACAGCAGCAGCACUUUAAUGGACGGGACCAAACGCUAUGCGACGCCCGUAUCUUCUCGCUUCUUUGACCGUGCCAUCCGUCAGGACUUUCCGCACAGGUGUGAUCCCCCCGCCCGCGUUCUAUCCGACGACGCUCCACAACACUUCAAGGCUAUGCUGCGGUAGCUUUUUUUGCGCAGCACUGUCGUUACCGCCCGCAUUAACGAUCCAGAGUUCCCUCACGGUCAACGUUCUGCACCUGAUGGGGCAUUUUUCUUGUGGCAGAGUCUGUUUUCAAGCGGCGACCAUUCAUCAUAACAACAACAGCUUUCGUGGAAACUCUUUGACGUGAUCACACCUCCGAUGUGAUGCGCCCUUGCUAUGCCGUCACGAUAUGCGGCACUGCUAUGUUUUUAGCACCCUGAUAAUCCGCACUGCGUCUAAUCGUGUCAUGUUCUUUUGUGUCAAACUCGAUUUUCCAAGGAGCUGCCCGGCGACCAAUCAAUUUAGCAACAGCAACACUUGUGGCGAAGAUUAGGAGGAGCCGGCGCUAUGCGGCCUGGCUAAGUGGCAACAUUGCAUUGCGUCCACGUCUUGUUGCACCGCGAUGCGGCACGCACCGGCUUGCCUCUGUUUCGAGCACCUCACUCCAUCUGCUAGGGUGGCAGAGGAUGGCGACCGUUUGACCUAACGACUGCAGCACUUUAGUGGAAUCGCUAUGUGGCAGCGUCAUGCUGGCUUUUUGCUCUAUCCGGCGCGUGGCCAUUUCACUUUUCACACGUCCGCCAUGCGGCGUCCAAUCGUGUCGUGUUCUUUUCUAUGUGUCAAAGUCUAUUUUUCAAGCGGACAAAGAGGAAGCCGGGUGGGGCGGGGCGGGACGGCCGUGUCUAUUUUUCUACGACCAUGCAGGCCAGCAGGACUUUUCUAGAUUUUUUAUAGCAGGCAUCGACCGGGGAGGGGCCGCGACCGGUCGUCCGAGAACAGAGGCAGAACGGAAUGUAUCUUGUCCAAUCAGGGAUUUCAUAUGGUGCAAGAGGCGGGGCUUAGGAACCAACGUGAGAGCUGAGAGGGAGUUUGGGGGAUCAGAUGCUUGUUAGUUUUUUUUUUGAUUUUUUUUUAAAGUGUGCUAGUCAAUUCUUUUGGCAGCGUCACACACUUUGGCUCGGCACCUUUGCCUUUUAUUCCUCCCCUCAACAUUUAUGCACGCACACACACUACAGAUACAAACACACGUACAUGGUGUUGUUUUGGACUUUGACGGUGCUGAUCUGAAAGACCUCUUCACCUCACACACGCACACAUUUGUGGCCCCCCCUCCCUUUUUUUGUGUUUGAGUUUCUCUUGUGUUUGUGUAUGGAUGAAGGCGUGUGUGGACUUCCAGGUGUAACCUUCAAAGCUUUCCAGCCAUGAUGGCUGCUCCCUCCUCAUACUCUUUGACUCUCACUACAUACAUACAGUACAUAUGUGUGUGUAUCCACAUACAUGCAUAUACUGUACUGUAUGUAGAAUAUAAAUAAAUAGUACGUGUAUAUGAUAUAUGCUUGAACUUUGUGAUUCGAGUUGUGAUAGACAAGAUAUUACAGAGGAAAAAAAAAAAAACCUUUUGGUCAUUUUUCUCUCAGGUAUUUUUGUCUGGGUAAUUAAGUUCACAAAACGCUAAGCAAAAAAAAAAAAAGUGGAACGUUUGCGUGCACAUUUUUGUAGGUUGCUGACUUUGUACGCGGCUUUGGUUGAAUCUUUCCUCGGAUUGGUUGAUUGAUUUUCACCACUGGAGCGUUUUGUUGUUGUUGUGUUUGUGAGGAGGAGGAGACAAAACCAAACAAAGCAAGCCUGAAAGGUCCCCGAAUACCAAAAAGUUGAAGGAAGCCCCGUGCUGCUCUUCUUCCACUUGCUGUUAUUCCCUCACUUGACUUGAAUUCCGCGGAACCCGUGCGCAUCCUGGGUAAUGUAGUUCCAAUCUUCUUGUCUACGUUUGUUCCCGAAUAUCUUGACUGGACAAGGAAUAACUGGUGACUUUUGAACGGGACCUUUUGGGGAAGGACCAGCCUCGUCUUUUCUAUUUAGUUGAUUUUGCCAUCGCGGGACUUUUUCUAUGUCCGCAUGGUGCAAAUAGCGACCUCCAGCCAGGUAACCAUGGCGACGAUAAUCACGGCCUCGCAACUCUGGACGACCGCGUUCCCUAUCGGUGACUCCGCGGCGACAUCCUUUUUUUUGUGACGAGGAUGAUGGCGCUUUGACACAAAUUAAACCUCCUUUCCACCAA